AUGGAGGCAGUCUCAGCGGCGGCCAGCAUCGCUGGGCUCCUCUCCGUCGCCGGCCACGUCGUGAGUGGUCCCAUCAAGCUCAAUGAUUUCGUCCUGGCUGCAAAGGAAAUGGACAUUCGAACCGAGUCAUUGAAUGCAAAGGUCGGGCUUCUUUCUGAAACCCUAGAAGAUGUCAAGACUCUGCUUCAGACGUAUGAAAGAAACCUUGCCUCGAUUGUCGAGACAUCUUGGGAGUCGAACAUUGCUACGCUUCGAUCUCACCUCUCGUACAAGAGCGUCAAGAGGUCAACGUCGAAGCGGCGGAAGUUCCUCGACAUAAUUCAAAACAAGCGUCUUCGGGGCAUCUCGGAUAUGGAAACCAAGUUGACGGCCCAUCGCUCCGAAUUGAUUUGCGACAUCAGUGUCUUAAAUGCCGCCUUUUCUAUGGCGGGGCUGGCGAGGAUCGGCGCUGUCCAAGAAGGACUACAUCAGCUGACGGAGCUCAACUUACAAACAAAUGCCACGAAUGACGAAUCAUUCGAGAAAUCGGCCGUUCAGAGCCAAAAAAUGAUGAACUCCUUUUCAACUGCUGCGAGUGAUCGAAUAAGGCAGCUUGAGAAACAAAUCGAAGCUCAUCGUUCAGAGACGCGGCAGUCACUGACGGCCAUAAGCGACAGCAUAUAUGGCCUGGCAAGCUCGAUCAGCAGCUCCAUUGAGCAGCUUAGUCAACCGCAUUCUCAGACGGGUUCACUGAGAAGAUUGAGUAACUCUUCUCAAACGGAUGGUAGUUACGACGGCGAUCUUCCAGACUUGCGCAGUCCCGUGACACAUAGGCCAAUAAAGACAUUAUGGUCCUGCGGCUCGGCCAUUGGAAUAGACGACUACUUUGUUUCCGGCAACAGAGAGAAUGCGGUCUAUUGCAUAUUUUGUGUACAACGCUUCGACAUAAACGAAUCACAAGAGCAAGCAAGGCACCUCCUAAAUGUUCAUGCACCAGCUGCCUGCGAUCAGGGAAGGUUCUACCACUCCUUGUCGGAUUUCAAAAUUCAUUUAUGCGAAUGCCAUUCCGCCCAGCAUCCAUCACUACAUUACAACGAUAAGUCCAUGAAGCUCUUUCGUGUAGACACCAGAAAGUCACGAUAUAAGCGCUUUGAAGAUCUUUCUGGCUUGCAACAAGCUCCGAAUUCGCAACCGACUCCGAUCUACGUUGAGGAGAAGAUGUCUCACCUCCUUUCAGAAACCGAGUACUUUGAAGAGCAUCUGGGAUCGCGCAAAAAUACUUUCAGGGACAUGUAUGAAGCUAUGGAGAGAAUUUCUCAUCGUAUCUUUUGGGUGCGAGACCCGCCACAGCAGCUCAUUCAGGUGUUUUAUAAGGCAGCGGUAUUACAAGAGAAGCUCAACGUCGAUUACAAUCGGCCAUUCCCCCGAACCUGGGCCCCUCUACCAGAACACAUAAUCAAAUUGGGUACUGGGUGGACGGGAGAGGGCUUAUGUCCUAUCCCACAGCUUUCCCAAAGAUGGUUCGUCAAAGCCGCUGCAAUUCACCCGGCAGAAUGGGGCAGACUUGACAACGAAGAGCAGGAGUCCUCCUGUAUAGAAUGUCGGAGCGCCACAACUUAUCGCACAUUCGAAGAGGCAGCGUCACAUCUGCAGCGACAGCAUUUCAAACUUCCAAGGUCUCCUCCUACCAAAGCCAACUUGCGAGAACUCUGCCAUCAGUAUCAGCCGAAUACAUUCAACGGACGGCUCGAAUCUCAGUGGAAGGACGAUCUGGCUUCCAUGGUUGCUAAUCUAAGUGACCGGGCCCCAAGUCUACGCAAGAUAUACCACUGGAAAUUAGGGAUACUCGCCCGGUCGGAUCAUUUCCUCACCAUGCUUUGGUACGAAGCCGCCAUCAACAAUCGUGAAAAUAUACUUUUAUCCUCGAUAGAUGGAGCAGGCAAGUUCCUGACGAUGCUCAAAGAUGCUUUCCCAUGGGAUGGCUUAGUACACCCUAUACCAGACAAUUCGAGCAAGAUGGACAUUGGCGAAGAAGACGAAAGCUCAUCUUGGACAAGAAGCGACGGUGCGGUGGAUUUCAACAUGUCAGAUACGGUAUCAAAAGAAGAGGAACAGCUGUAUGAACCGCCUUGCGCAAGAUUUGUCGGAUGGGAUCAAAUUGCCACUGCAUAG